CCUCUGCCGUGGUGCCAACCACACCAAAAACAAAAAGAUCCCAACUGCCUUUCGUCCUGUACUCCCGAGACAAUGUUUGCUUCGAGUUCCACGAUGUCCAUCCCAAAUCCUCGGUGAACUCGUCGUUCCAAAGUAUGCACCCACGACGUCUGUCUGUUCGAGCACCACCCAACCAAACCAGGCAGGCUCUCAUUUUUUGUUUUUUGUUUUUCAUUUAAAAAGGAGAUCAUAGCAAACCACAACCAUGUCCGAUCCCUCUGAGCCUGCCUCGCCAGGCAUUAUCCACGAAUUCCCAAGAGAUCGAUUCGAGCAACACGAACAGCAACACCGGACCCACCAGAACGGGAUGGCCACUUCACCACCGACCAUCUAUGUGCCCCCAGCCUACAUGCCGGGAGGCCGUAGGUCACUCUCAGGAGUAUCGAUCAGAGCCUUCGGCCUGGGCAGCGCACUUGGUCUCUGUUCCCUUUUGACAAUCGAACUUGUUUACUGGGGCUAUGGACUCUGGCGGGCGCCGUGCUUUGUGGCCAUUCUCACACUUUUUCAUUACUUGGAAUUUGACAUGACGGCGAGGUACAACCCCCCUGAUGCAUCAAUCUCAUCGUACCUUUUACUUUCUAAUGGUAUGGCCUAUGCGGCAGCCCACACGACUGCGAUACUGGAGCUACUGCUCCGCUACUGGCUGCACUCCGCAUACAAGCCUCAGUGGCUCAGUCUACCCUUCCCCAUACCCUCGUUGACUCUAGGUGUUCCAACCUCUCUGAGCGUAGGGACUGGUAUUGUCCUAGUUGUUGUUGGCCAGUUCGUGAGAAGCACUGCCAUGAAGCAAGCCAAUACCAAUUUCAAUCACGUCGUCCAAUGGACCAAGCGUUCUGAUCAUGUCUUGGUGACUCACGGGGUGUAUGCAUUCUCCCGACACCCGUCUUAUUUCGGCUUCUUUUGGUGGGGACUGGGGACUCAGGUAUUGAUGGGCAAUCGACUGUGUUUGGUGGCGUAUGCGGUGGUGUUGUGGAAGUUUUUCAACCACCGUAUCAGGAACGAAGAACGUCAUCUUGUCUCCUUCUUCGGCCAACAAUACCUGAAUUAUCGUGAUCGUGUCCCGGUGCGGAUCCCAUUCAUUCAGUGAUGGUAGUCACAUGGCAACAUUGCCACCAUUAUCCCACGUCCAUCUCCGUUCCUUUCCUCUUCCGAGCCUUGGAUUUUGGAUCUGUGGUUAUCUCAUGGGUCUUCACACUAACCGGAAAGUACGUGGAGCUCGAUACUUUCUCUAGCCACGGGAUCUCAACCAAUUCCACAUUAUCUGAUACCCAAUUCAGCAAAGCUUUAGACCCCGGAGCAUCCUUUUCUACACCGAGUAACCCAACGCGAGGCUGGUGUAGUGCUCGUGCUAUUUUGGCCCCAGAUUGCGGAGAAACAGGAAUCAGUCUAGCUCGAGUCGACCGAGGAGCAGAAGUUGUGACCUGCAAAGAUAAGGAGGAGGUUAACAUAUCUGGGAGAUUUUCGCGACAGACAAACACCGCUGAAAGUGCUGCAGGAGGGUCUCGGGAUCGUUUGACAUCUGACUUUGGAAGAGGGGAUGGUGGCUGCCGGUGACUGGCAAGAGCUUCAAGUCUUCGAAUAGUGCUAUUAAAUCCUAUAGUAAGGUGACCAAAUACAUCAGGCAUCCACUCUUGC